UGGCCACAACAGCUGAUGUUGUGAUCGAGCCGGAAGUUGUACGAGACCUAACCGGAAGUAGCGGUAAAGGCGAGUUUCUUCCCACAGCAGGGACCCGUCCACUUUAUAUACUUUAUAUAUAUUUAUACAUAAACUACUAUAUAUAUCUAAUGUAUAAUACUAUACUAUAUAUACUUUGCGCGCUGACAACCAUGGCGGAACCUUUAAUAGACACAUCUUUUCCACCCGGACCGCAGCAGGCCGAACACCAGCGUGCCACAUGUAAACAACAGCGGGGAAGUUGAAACCAUCUUUAUCAGAGAUGUAGUUAAUUAACACGUGUUGUUGACAUGACGGACAUUUUAAACCUGGUGUUCAGGACCUUUGCUUCCCACGCGGAGCUCAGGGACUCUCCUCCUCCGCCGGUUCCCCGCAGCAGCGCCCUCCUGCUCGGGGAGAACAGCGUCAGCCGCUCGGUGCUGCUGCUGGCGGCCGUGACCGCCGCCUCGCACCCGGGGCUGCGGGUCGUGUUCUUCACCCGGACCCUGAUCCGGAGCCUCCCGGCGUCUCUGCAGAAACUGGUCCCGAGUCCGGAGAGUCUGAAGAAAAUCCAGUUCUGCUACCCCAGGACGGUGGAGGAGCUCCUGCAGCAGGUGGCCGCCCUUCACGAGUCCCCCAGCACGUCUCCGCCCUCCCUGAUCAUCGUGGACGGGCUGGAGGGCUUCCUGUUUGGCUCCAGAGGUGGCAGCCACAGAGAACUUCACCCGGGGGGGCAGUCGUGUGCCGCCCACCUGUCUGCGCUGCUGUGUGACACUGCUGCCUUUCUCACACGCGUCCUGGAGCAGCGGUCCUCCAGCUCCGGCCCCUGUCGCAUCAUCGCCUCUUUCCAGUCGGAAGUCGACGCCGGACAAGCCAGCAGGGAGCCCUCGGCUUCAGAUCCCAUCCUCGACAUCCUCGAUCGCUAUUUCCAGGUACGCUGCACUCUGGACCCGGACGGAGGAUAUGAAGCGGCAGCAGCUGGACUGCAGCAGGUGUGGCACGUUUACCUUUCAGGCAGAGGCGUCACAGAGGCAUCCCGUUCUAAAGACGGUGGGGACGGGCCCGCUGUGGCCCGGGAGUGGAAGCUGUGGAUUUUCCCCAAUGGUUUGAUGGAGUUUAAGGUGGUUUGAAACGUCUGUGUCAAGAACUUGAGCAGUUGAGUGAUAUUAGACAUUUGUAUUUGUUGACUCAGGGAUUGAUUCUGCUCAGAGCAAAGGCUAAUUUUCAGCAUUAUUUGGCCUUGGUCACUGUUACACUUCAUCUUUAAGUGUUUUUUAUUAAUUUCAUGGAGCAUUUCUUGACUGUUAUUGCUCAUCGGGUUCAAUGUAAUGUAAUAUCAUAUAUUAUAUGUGCUGUUCAACCUUUUUGCAUAUAAUUUAAAUGGACCACAAUGGUUUGUAGAUGUAAAAUGUUUAAUGAGUUGAAAUUUGAAAUCAUACACAGAAGUAAAAGGUCAAAAAUACACUGUAUAUUCAAAUAAACAUAUAUUUUGUAUAGUA